GAAUUAUUCUGGAACCUAGGUGUGGUCUAAAGGGAAUUUCUCCUUCGCGGAGUGGUCCAGAAGAUCCGCGGAGCUUUUGGUCGUCAUUCUCGGCGCGCGAUAGAGGAUCGAGGCUGAUCCUGAUCUCCGGCGCGAUGGGGGCGUCGUUGAUCCAGGGAUUCCUUAAGUCAACGGCCAUGACCAUAGUCUCGGAGAUCGGGGACAAGACGUUCUUCGUGGCCGCGUUGAUGGCUAUGAGGCAUCCUCGCGGUGUAGUUCUAACUGGAGCGCUCUUAGCUCUUGUGGUGAUGACUAUUUUUUCUGCAGUGUUUGGCUGGGCAGCGCCAAAUCUUAUAUCUCGCAAGCUGACACACAACGGUGCCACGUUUCUCUUCUUUGUUUUCGGCCUCCGGUCGCUAUGGGAUGCAAUCUCCAAUGAGGAAGGGGAGUCCGAGCUCGCGGAAGUCGAAGCAAAGCUUGGGAGGACUGACGAUAUAAAGAAGAAAAAGAAGCAACAAACGAGCGUUUUUUUGUCCCCCGUUCUCAUCGAGGCUUUUUCGUUAACUUUCCUUGGUGAAUGGGGCGACCGGAGUCAGAUAGCUACGAUAGGAUUGGCUGCCCAGGAGAACGUAGUGGGAGUAGCAGUCGGUGGCUUCCUGGGCCAUGCCUUGUGCACGAGUGCUGCUGUUUGGGGAGGGAGGCAUCUAGCUUCAAGCAUCUCCGAAAGAUCGGUUGCGCUUUGUGGUGGCAUUUUGUUCUUGCUAUUCGGAGCGCAUUCCUUGUUUAACGGUUUCCAAGUGGCUUGAACGUAUUAAGUUCUUCAAGCCUACGUAACUAUACUCGUGAACUCUGGCUACGGAAGUUCAUUCUCUAAAAGUUCUUUAUACAAACUUCGAUUGGCUUCGAAGAAGAAAACAUCUUUGCUCUUACUAGAAAUUUCAAUACAUAUAUUGUCAAACUCCAACA